CCCUUCUGAUAGCUAAUGGCCGAAGAAAUCUUUCUGGACCCUGAGAUAGCGAUGGAGUAGCGAACUCCGAGCUAGCGCCUACUUGAAUUAAGCUGCAUAUAUACAUACAGGGCACAGGCGAGUCCAUUUGGCCACUGUUCUUUCGUGGGAGAAGAAGAAGACCGCACGGAAGAUGGGUUUCUUUGCAGCCUCUGGGCUGCUGCUGCUGCUUCUUCCGGUGGCGUUGCUCGCCACAGCGGGCGAGGGCGCGGGCAAGCGGGCGCCUCCCCACCGGAUCCUGGUGGACACGGACGUCGACACGGACGACCUCUUCGCCAUCCUCUACCUCCUCAAGCACGACCGCGCCGAGUUUGACGUCCAGGCUAUAACUAUCAAUACAAACUCAUGGACUGAUGCUGGUCAUGCCGGAAAUCAGCUGUAUGAUCUCCUCUACAUGAUGGGCCGUGAUGACAUUGCAGUGGGAGUCGGAGGGGAAGGUGGUAUAUCCGAUGAUGGCAGAAUGUAUCCUGAUAUUGGUGGCUAUUUCCCUAUAAUUGACCAGGAAAUGUCAACAGUAGGGGGGUGCCGAUACCGACAGUCAAUUCCACAGGGAGGAGGUGGCCGUUUGGACAUCAACGCAAACUAUGGGGUUCGACGGGCAUUUCUUCCUCAGGGAAAGAGAAGUUACUCCCCUCUUCAACAACCAACAACUCAACAAGUGAUGAUUGACACCAUUUCAGCUGGGCCAACGAAUGUCUUCCUCAUUGGAACACAUACAAACUUUGCACUGUUCCUCAUGAACAAUCCACACCUAAAGGAAAACGUGAAGCACAUUUACAUAAUGGGUGGGGGUGUGAGAUCGCGCAAUCCCACUGGUUGCUGCCUCAAGAACGACACCUUGUGUGUGCCACGACAAUGUGGUGAUCAUGGUAACAUGUUUACAACUUACACAAAAAAUCCAUACGCCGAGUUCAACAUAUUUGGAGACCCUUUUGGCGCAUAUCAGGUCUUUCAUUCUGGAAUCCCUGUCACCCUUGUGCCACUUGAUGCAACCAACACGAUACCAAUCACUGAGGCCUUCUUCAAGGCAUUUGAGGAGCAACAGAGCACUUAUGAGGCACAGUACUCUUUCCAGUCUUUGAAGAUUACCCGUGAUACUUGGUUUGAUGACCAAUUCUACGCAAGUUACUUUAUGUGGGAUUCUUUUAUGUCUGGUGUGGCACUCUCAAUAAUUCGCAAUGGUCAGAAACCGAAUGGCGAGAACGACUUUGCUGAGAUGGAACUGAUGAACAUAACUGUGGUUACAUCCAAUGAACCAUAUGGUGUGCAUGAUGGAUCAAAUCCUUUCUUUGAUGGGCAUGCUAGCCCAAAGUUCAACUUACUUGAAGGUGGUGUACAUAGUGGUCAUGUUCAGACCGGACUCGAUGAUUCAUUUUGUGUUUUGAAAGGGAGCAUUAAAGGAAAAUGCCAGGAUGGAUACACCAAAGAGAUGGAAGGUCCUGACUCGGUUGCCGUACUUGUUGCAGUGAAGGCAAAACCUAAUAGAAAUGUUAAAAGCCCUCUCGAUAGAGAGUUCUUCGAGAACUUCCUGGAGGUCUUGAACCGUCCUGAACACACCGGCCAAUUCAACUUCACCAACCAGUUUCCUCGCUACAAAGAGAUUAUGUACAAACCUGAUUUCAAACAUCAGAUUAAAGGAAAACCUGUCAUUUUUGACAUGGACAUGAGUCCAGGAGAUUUCGUUGCCCUUAUGUGCCUCCUGAAAGCACCUUUGGCUGCAAUUGACCUCAGAGGGAUAUUGGUGAGUGGCAAUGGGUGGGCAAAUCCGGCAACAGUAGAUAUUAUCUACGAUGUUCUCCAUAUGAUGGGCCGUGAUGACAUUCCAGUAGGACUUGGGAACAUCACUGCACUACGCUCCCCUGACCUUGGAUGUGAAUACGUGAAGGCCAUACCACAUGGUUCUGGGGGGUUUCUUGACACCGACACCCUUUUUGGACUGGCCCGGGUGUUACCCAGAAGUCCUAGAAGGUACACGGCAGAAAAUUCAGUGAAAUAUGGUGCUCCUAGGGACACCGCACACCCGGAGCUCAGACAGCCAUUGGCUUUCGAAGUUUGGCAACAUAUUAGAGAAGGACUCAAACCAACUGACAAGAUAACCAUCCUAUCCAAUGGUCCUCUCACAAACAUAGCUAACAUCAUUCUAUCUGAUUCAAAGGCAGAAGCAAUAAUUGAGCACAUUUAUAUAGUUGGCGGUCAUUUGGCUGGCGGAGAUGGAGAGGAAGGCAAUGUGUUCACUGUUCCAUCAAAUAAGUUUUCGGAGUUCAAUUUCUUUCUUGACCCUCAAGCUGCCAAGGUGGUUGUAGAAUCUGGUUCAGACAUCACUCUCAUUCCUUUGAGAGCUCAGCGCCAGGUGGCUUCUUUCGGAAAAGUCAUAAGAUCGCUAAAUGCUUCUGACAAGACUCCUGAAUCAUCAUUUGUCUAUCGGUUGUUGCUGUUAAUGGAGAAACUGCAAAAGAGUAACAGAGCAUACCGUCACACUGACAUGUUCCUUGGUGAACUUCUUGGUGCAGUGUUCUUGGUUCAGCAAUCGCAUCUAAAUCACUCAAUCACUGAAAGGGCUAUCAGUGUUAGUUCUGGUCAUGUGAGCAUUGAUGGUCAGACUGUCCUCCAGCAGACGAAUGGGAAGCUAGUAAAGGUAUUAGAUCAUCUUGAUCCCAAUGCUUACUACACUGAGUUUGCAAAACUGCUCAAUACCAUGAAGCAAUCUGCAGUAGUUGGCAGCUUCGAUGAGCAAAAAAAAAAGUGGAACAAAUGACAUGGUUCUGAUUCUGCUAAAUAGUCUAGCGCAUGGAAAAUGAUUAUAUAAUGUUCUCUUCCACUCCCCUUUUGUUGUAUUGUCAAGUCGCGAAGUUCACAACAAGAGAAAUGCGGCAUGGUUAUUUUGCUGUUUCAUUUUCAAAUACCUGCUGUUGCUGGAAAAGAGUAUUGUGAGUAUUUUCAUUGUAUGUUUUCCAAAUACAUGUUGUUGCUUCCUUGCCCCAAGAGAGUCGCCGUGGAAAAAGGAGCUGUGCAGAUAGAUCAGUAACCAAGGCUGCGGUGAUGGGAGCACUUUUUUCUCCUUGCAGUGAUCUGUGACUUCAGUUCCUUAGUUAGUACUACUAUCUGUAAUUUUUUUUCUUGUCCUGUGUAUCUCUAUCUUGCUGAUGUCAUGGCCAUCAUUAAUAAGCCACAAGUACCCGUGCUCACCACUUCGGAUUACCGUCCCCAGUUGUAAUUUUUAGGCUCUGCAAACUGGACUUCAUUAUUUCAGUUGACCCCUGGACAUGCUUGGAGUUAGAUAUUGUUCUGCUUA